CCAUUCACACUCGCUCACUCAUAUCGUCCCAAUCCGAAACCCUAACUCCCUUCGAUUUCACUUUCACCUUGUGAUGGCACCAAAGGUGGAGAAGAAGCCACAGGAGAAGAAGCCCACGGAGGAGAAGAAAUCCACUGUGGGAGAGAAGGCUCCGGCGAAGGCGGGGAAGAAGCUUCCAAAGGAAGGAGGAGAGAAGAAGAAGAAGAGGUCGAAGAAGAACGUGGAGACGUACAAAAUCUACAUCUUCAAGGUUCUGAAGCAGGUUCACCCAGACAUUGGGAUCUCAAGCAAGGCCAUGGGAAUCAUGAACAGCUUCAUCAACGACAUUUUUGAGAAGCUUGCUCAGGAAUCUUCUAGACUCGCGCGAUACAACAAGAAGCCCACUAUCACUUCAAGGGAAAUUCAGACCGCGGUCAGGCUCGUGCUGCCCGGAGAAUUGGCAAAGCAUGCUGUCUCUGAGGGUACCAAGGCUGUCACCAAGUUCACUAGCUCUUGAACAAAUGUUUACGUCAAUUUUCCAGUCAUUGAAAAACAUUAGGUGUUGUCUUUUAGGGGGAAAAAACAAAUGUUCUUGUUUUUUCUGUUAACGAGGAAUAUUAGUGGAAAUUGUCUUUAUUUACU